AUGCCUUGGGUUAAUCUUUGUGCUUUGAUGGGAUUUUUGUGUUUCAAUCACCUCAAAGCUCAAUUUUUUGAGGUUUUCGAUGCUUCUAAAAUGGACAUCACCGGAGCCCAGAUGGUGUUGGUGAUGAAGCUGUCGUCUUUCGGAUGGUCAUAUCAGGACGGCCAGUUGCUGAUAUCGGAUCCUAAAAAGUUCAACAGCAACUUGAACACUUAUCAGAAAUCGCGUGCUGUUACGAAUCAUCCCACGUUUUUGAGUUUUGUGAGUUACGCAUUCUUCUUCCCCGCGCUAGUAACCGGACCAGCGUUCGAUUAUGCAGAUUACGAGAAGUUUAUCAUGACCGAUUUGUUCGAGGACGUUCCACAGAGCAAGCGUCCUGGAAGAAGAAGAAAGCGCAAGAUACCAAGAAGUGGCAGAAUAGCUGCCAAAAAGGUAGUAGGUGGUCUCUUCUGGGCAGCCCUUUGGAUGGUCUUGAAGCCCAGGCUCAACGUGGAUAUGUUGUUGUCCCAGUCGUUCGUGACAGACCAUAGUUUCCUUUACAGAAUUUUCUUUUUGUGGAUUUUGGGAUUUGUUCACCGUCUCAAGUACUAUGCAGUGUGGUCUAUUGCUGAAGGAGGAUGCAUCCUGGUCGGUAUCGGAUACAAUGGAUACGACAAGAAAAAGGACAAGUUUUAUUGGAAUCGUGUUCAAAACAUUGACAUCUUUGCUUUUGAAACAGGCCAAAAUUGUCACGCUUGCCUUGAAGCUUGGAACCAGAAUACCAAUAAGUGGCUCAAGAACUAUGUCUAUUUGAGAACGGUGACCAAGAGAGAUCCCAAGACAGGAAAGCUACGUCCUGGAUUCAUUUCUACCUUUAUCACCUUCCUGACCUCUGCUUUUUGGCAUGGAACCAUGCCUGGUUACUAUCUUACAUUCGUUGUUGGUUCUGUGUUGCAGGCCACGGGAAAAAUCUACAGGAGGAACUUCCGCCCCAUGUUCAUUACCGCGGAUGAGUCUAUUGUGUCUCCUUAUAAGCCUUUGUAUGAUAUCGUCUGCUACCUUGUCACGCAACUCGCUUUUGGCUACACGGUUCAACCGUUUGUUAUCCUGGAGUUCAAGAAAUCGCUUCAAGCCUGGUCAACGGUUUACUUCUACAUUCACAUUGGUUCGAUCAUAACACUUUUGGUAUUUGAUGGGCCAUAUAAGAAGAAGGUCAUAGAGCUUUGUGCCAAGUAUCAUUACGUCGCAGCCAAGAUCCCCGAAACGCCCGAGAUACCUGUCAAGCCUACUGUGGUAGAGCAGAUUGCCAGAGUCCCAGUAACAAGAUUGGAAAAGCCUGAGGACGGUUCUGCCAGCGUUUCUGCUGACGAAGGUAGCAUUCCAGACUAUGAUGACCAGGAGGAGCUUCACGACGAUGCCGUUCCAGCUCUUGGUAUUCCCGAAUUAGACAAGUUCAAAGAGGACUUUGAUGAAUUCAGAAUUGAGAAGGAUCUGCCCGAGUGGUUUAACGAAGAUGGCUCGAGUAAGGAGGCAAUGAUCCGGGCUUUUGAAGAGCUCAGAGAGGAUGCAAGGAGUAUGCUCCAUAAUACCACUUCCAGCAAGCCAGAAAAAAAGGACUGA